UGCCCCAGCAUCAUGAUGGGGAAACUCCCUCUGGGGGUUGUGUCCCCUUAUGUGAAGAUGAGUUCGGGGGGCUGCACAGACCCCCUGAAGUUCUAUGCCACCAGCUACUGCACAGCCUAUGGGCGGGAGGAGUUCAAGCCCCGCAUGGGAAGUCACAUGGGCACAGGAUACAAAUCAAAUUACCGGCCUGUGGUCUCCUACCAAGCCAGCCUGGACGCCCUGGACAACCCUGCCAUGGGGGAGCACGUUCGGGACAAUUACAAGACAGUGACCAGUCAGAGUUACCGUCCCCUGGAAGUGCCCGACGGCAGGUAUCCCCUCCCCAAGAACCUGCAUCAGACCAGCUCUGGCUAUGGGCGGGAGAAGCCCAGUGCAGGCCCCCCUACCAAGGAGGUCAGGAAAGUCCAUUUCGACACCCAGGAGUACGGGCCCCAGGCCAUCACAGGGCUGGAACCCAAGGACAUGCCACUGCUCCGCCAGCAGCAGGGCAAGGGCUCACUGGAGUGGGAGAACUGGCGAUACGGCCCGCGCUUCAUGACUUCUGAGUACAAUUCCAAGUACCUCAAUGAGCCUAUACACCAGCCAGAUCUCUUGCAGAAGAAAUCAAUCGGUGCCAAGGAGGACACCGGCUUCACUGAAGAGACCAACAAGAGCCCCAUUGUUUUCCAGCCGCCCUCUCAGGCCCUCCCUGGUGACCCUACCCUCCUACCAGGCCGGAGUGUCACCAAGUCGGACUUCCUCCCCAUGACUCACCCACGUGGAGAUGAGUUCCUGCCUGUGCUGGCCAGAGGCUCUGAGAGGGAGACAGGCUUCAGCCGGGUGAAUGAAAGGACUUUGAACACCAGAGUGACCACUCCCAACCCAGAACUCAACAGCAUAAAUCACUGGCAGUUCCAACCACCCCAGCGAAUGCAACAGACAAACAUUGGCUUGCUUGGCCGGGAGACUAUGGGGAAGAAGGAACCCACAGGGUUCAGCAUUAACAACUCCAGCUAUGUCCGGAGCCCUCAUGACCCUGACAGGGAUAAUCGGUACCUGACCACCUACAACCAAGGGUACUUUGAGAAUAUCCCCAAGGGUCUAGACCGGGAAGGCUGGACUCGAGGUGGCAUCCAGCCCCAGAUACCGGGAGGCUACGCCAUCAACCAACCAGUCACCCGCAUGGAGGCUAGCCCCAACCCCACUGAGAGCCUGCGGCGCCUGCAUCCCCAUGUGGGAAGAACCCUGACCUCCGUUGACCCCUUCUACCGAGACACACCUCAUAGCAGUCGCUUUGUGGCCCCCAGCUGAGCUGAAGCCUGG